GAAUGGCAUGAAGUUGUAAACAAGGUUUCUUCAAGUUUGUCUUCUCUUCUUAUGGCUCGCAAACUACCUUUGUGAGCCAAGCUAUCAUCAGGCCUCAGCUGUCUGGUGAGCAAUGCAGAGGCGUUGGCACCAGGUGAGCUUUGACCACCUGCAAGAUGGAGACCCUCAAUAAAAAAGAAAAACCUCAAUGAAAUUGGGUGUUGCAGAUCUGGAAGAACAAACAGAGCUGGUGGAAAAUUAGAGGGGAGAAGGAUCGUGGUGGUGAAUCUUUUGAAAGAAAGAUUUGUCGAAAUCGCUGGCGGCGAUGUAUAAGGGGAGAGAGACUCUCUUCUUUGUCUUGGAAAUAAGGUCUGAGUGGUACCACAUUUGGAUGUCGGAGACCGUCGUCUUGCCGGUCACCCACAAAUUCUAAGUGGCGCUCGAAAAUCUCCUUAUCGGUCACCGUUGUCUUGCUGGCAUCGGGUCAUCCCCCUCCCCAGCAUCUCCACUGGUUAAGGAGAGAGAGAGGAGGUGGAGGGGGCUAUUGUCGCCGAUUAAAGAUCGAACUAAUUCGGUUUGCCGCUGUUGAAAGGAAGAAGAAGAAAGAAGAACAACCCAGAGAAGCGUUCGAUUAUUCGCUCGUCAGUUGGGGUUACAGUUUCGUUUCUCCGUCCCUUCUACGCAGAAGUCCAACGGAGCCGUUAUUGAAAUUAUUUUGGGCUUAGCUGAAUAGCGACGUUCUGGUUGGCGGUGGUGGAAAAUGUUUAAAAACACAUUUCAGUCUGGGUUUCUAUCCAUUUUGUACAGCCUUGGGAGCAAGCCUUUGCAAAUAUGGGAUAAAGAAGUUGCUAAUGGCCAAAUCAGACGUCUGCAAGAUGAAGACAUCCAAUCUAAUGUCCUUGAAAUAAUUGGAUCGAAUAUCCAAUCAACAUACAUUACGUGCCCAGCAGAUCCUGCUGCAACACUUGGUAUAAAGCUCCCUUUCUUGGUUAUGAUCGUGAAGAAUCUAAAGAAAUAUUUCACAUUUGAGAUUCAAGUGCUGGAUGAUAAGAAUGUCAGGCGUCGUUUCCGAGCUUCUAACUUUCAAGCGGUGACUCGAGUGAAGCCAUAUAUCUGCACUAUGCCCUUGAGGCUGGAUGAGGGGUGGAAUCAAAUUCAGUUGAAUCUAUCUGAUCUUAUAAAGAGAGCAUAUGGCACAAACUAUGUGGAAACUCUUCGGGUUCAGGUUCAUGCAAAUUGCCGCUUGAGAAGGAUAUAUUUCUCUGAUCGCCUUUAUUCUGAGGAAGAGCUCCCACCAGAAUUUAAGUUGUAUCUUCCAAUGCAGAAGGCAUAGAUGCUUGGAAGGGAAGACAAAUGAGAGGAUGAUAACUUCUAAGGUUCUGAGAAGUGGGAACUACUACGUGCACAGAUAGUGUAUCAUUUGUUAUGUACUUCCUCUCAAACUGAAAAAAAAAAGAAAAAAUCUUUUAGUGGGAUUUGGAUUUACUAACCUGCAGACAAUUUUUUACCCCUUUUCUUUCAAUCUUGAUCUUGUUGGCAGAGAUUAUCUCCUUGCUAUUCUAAUGUUUAAGUUUUAAGUUAUA